UUUGAGAAUGGGGAUUAAAGUAUUUGGGGGUUUUGGGAAAGAAUUGGUAGGUCGUGCAGUAUUCCUGCGAUGGAUGGCUGCCAAAGCUCCCAACCGUGCGGCAGUCCAUGGCUUGAAGCUUCCAGCCCCAGACAUCGUCCCGAGGGAGAAAGUGGAGAGGGUGGAGAUUCAGAGUGCGAUGGAGGAGAAAGGGAGAAAGAGGAAGGAGAUUGAAGAUAGUGUUGAUUCCCAUCUCAACAACUGGCGAUCGCAGCUGCUCUACGUCGAGGAAUUUCUCUGUGUUGUGCCAGGAACUUGCAGAAUCAUGCUCCAAUCGGAGAAGAUGAUAAAAAAGAUCUCCGUAUAGACAAUAACACAAUGGAAUACUUAUCUAUAUAAUUAAAUUCGUUAUUUCAAUAUAUUAAUUAAAUCUUUGUCCGUAAAAUAAUAGUCCUAAUAAAUUGAUUAUUAACAAGUAAAAUAAAAAUAAUAAAAUUAUAAAUCAAUAGCCGACUUAAACAAGUAAAAUUGAAUUGAGGUACAAACUUGUUUGUUUGAUGGGCGUGGCUCUAGUUUCAUAUCAGAAGCUAUGGUCAUGUACAUAUUUUAUUAUAUUAUAUUAUAUUAUAAUAUUGCAGAAAUGGAUAUGUAUUAAAGUUAUUUGUGGAUAUUGUCCCUUGUACACACCUCCCUCCCUCCCUCGUUGCUAUUUUGACCUGUUCUGAGCUGUGUAGAUAAUAAAUAGUCCGCUAAUAAUAGAUUAAAACUAGAGUCCGAUUG